AUGGCGAAGUGGGGACACGGAGAUCCGCGCUGGAUUGUGGAGGAAAGAGCGGACGCGACAAAUGUUAACAACUGGCACUGGACAGAGCGUGAUGUCACAAGCUGGUCACAGGAGGUCCUGAACGAGUUUCUUCUCAGAGUCCGUGUGGAAAAUGAAGACGGUUUCUGCCAAAUCACAGACAUCAGUAAGAUCGAGGGCGAGGCGUCCAUUAACAACCGCAAAGGCAAACUCAUCUUCUUCUAUGAGUGGACCAUUAAAGCUUCAUGGACCGGAACCUCAAAGAAAGGGAUUAAGUACAAGGGGAAUGUUGAGGUGAUGAACCUGUCAGAUGAAAAUGAUAUGGAUGACCUGGAUAUCUGCAUUACCGCAUGUAAAGAUCAGCCCACUACACCUCUAACUGCCCUCAUGAAGAAGGAGGGAGAGAAGGAGGUCAAACUGGCUCUACAGGGCUACGUGUCCCACCUGAAAAAAGAGUUCUCUCAGGGUAUGAUCCUGCCUACAGCUACGGGCGUCAGUACCCAGCAGCAAGCUCAAACAAACGUCAGACUGGAGAAGAAGAAGCCGAGCAGCUCCUCCACCACCUCAAAAUCUCCUGGCUUUGGAGUGAAAAUCCCCACUGCCUCAUUUAGUCUGAAGGAGACAUUCUUCACCUCACCUGAGGAGCUUUACAGAGUCUUCCUCAACCAGCAGAUGGUUCAGGCGUUCACACACCUCGCCGCCUGCGUGGACGGGGUGAGAGGAGGACAGUUCCGGCUGCUAGAGGGAAACGUGCAUGGAGAAUUCGCUGAACUGGUCCCAAACCAGAAGAUCGUCAUGAGGUGGAGGUUUUCAUCUUGGCCUGCAGGACACUUCUCGACAAUCACGUUGGACUUUACAGAUCGACGCAGUGAGACAGAACUGUCGCUGGAGGCGAAAGGCGUGCCCAGCGGUGAGGAGGACAGAAUGAAGGAGGGAUGGCAGAGAUAUUACUUUGAUGCCAUUAAACAGACGUUCGGUUACGGAGCUCAGAUCUGUUAAGCCACAGAUUUGUCAUUUAUUUUUAAAAGCACAAUGAUGCUGUGAUGACUAGCGUGAAAACAUCCUGA